AUAUUAGUGACAAUUACAUUGUUCUUGUAGUGCCCGUCGUAUUUUUUAUUUGCCAAAUUUCAGACAUCCGAAGCGCACCUAAAAUGUAUCCAUUUGCUAUAUUUUUUUCAACUGCGUAGCAGUGAUCACUCAGUCUGAGUAAAAUAUUACAUUUUAUAAUAAAUCUAGUCGAUAAGUAAUUUUAUACAUGAUUUAUACCUUACUACUAAUCGUUCAGGAUCAUAUGUCAGUUGAACACAUCAAUAAAACACUUUUAUGAUUUUAUAUUUGAUAAAGGUGGACGUAACUACAGUUCUGACAAUGAUCUAGUUCUUAACUAAUUUGUUCGCCGGUAUCAAAUACUAAAGGAGUUCAUAUGUUCCUUUGCCAAUCAUUGUAAUUAUAUGAAAAAGUAAUGACUUUGUCUUGAAAUUUGUGUUAACGCUUUCGAUGUUACAAGGCGACUUUGCGGGUUCGAUACGAUAUUUACAUUUCUUUAACCCUUAACCUGCUAAAUUUCUAUAAUGAAUUUGUCCAUCUUUUAACUUGGACAGAACCAUUAACUGUUAAAAGGGGUGUUUACCAGAAAUAUACUGUCUGAAUGGCGACCAGUACAGAUCAUGAUCAGACUGCACGGAUGUGCAGGCUGAUCUUGGUCUGCACUGGUCGCAAAGGCAGAAUCAUUUGCCGCCAGCAGGCUAAGGAUUAAAAAUAUAUGUAUACUAAUAUUUGAACGCGUAACAUUUUAUUCACACAGUCCUGGAACUUAUGUCGGUAAAUAUUUCGAUAUUUGUAAAUUUUGAAACGUGGAUAAAGUUCCUUAAAAACAAGUUAUUUUUAUAAGAUCAUACGGUAGUUGAACAGAUAAUAGGAUAAAAAUAAUUUCUGUCGGAAAUUAUUUUUUAUAAAAGCAUGUCUUUAACAUAUAAAAAGGAUAAAUGGGGCUUCUGCAGCCAAGUGAUCAAGGUGACUCAAAUCGGAUCAAUGUAGACCAAACCUGUCGCAGUAACUUUCAAUCCAACAAAUACAAAACAAGUAUGAUAACAUAUGCCUGAUACACAUAUGUUUCUGAAGGGUUAUGGUAACUUUAAAUAGACCUACGAUGCAUCCAAAUCCUAUCAGUGGUGUGCCUCAAAAUGUAGCAUUGCGAUUUGAUUGUGACUACCAAUAUUUGGAAGGUAGUGUAAUACCUAGUGCGCUUGAUACGUACACAACCACAAAUCAUAUCAAUAGGUUAUUGUUGUUAGACACUAAAAACAGACAAAUGAAAAAAUAAAAAGGCAUUAUGAUCAAGUCGCUCCUCUGACUUUGACCUUUUAACCUUGAAUAUAUGGCAGCCCUAAAAUGCAUAAAAGCGGGAUUUAUUAAAUAAAUCUGGCAAAGGUUAAUCAAUGAUUAUUCUGUCCAAAUUUGGUGUGGCUCCCGUUUAAGAUCCGCCAAAUUGAAUUUCGUUUGUUAUUUUAUGAAACCUCGACGAUUACCUGCGAACAUCCCUCAUGUUAAAAACACUUAGUGCGUUUGAGCUAUCGUUGAAGGUCAUUUACGCACGUCAGAAUUCAAUAUUUUAGUUUAGUUUUAUUUAUAAUCCAUGGCAUAUAAUAUGCAUGUGGAUAAAACAAGUGAAAUAAUGAAAUAGUCAUAAAUCAAUAUUGUUCAAAAUAUUGUACAAAAUGCGGUACAAACUAAACAUGUCAGAUAUAUUGUUAUUUCUAUACAGAUGACUCCGAACCCUCUUUGCUACUUCCAUAGGAGAAUUAAUUCCCCUCCCCCACGCGCCCUUUCACAUCAGUUACAAAUUAGUCAUGCUACGUCCUGAUGUCAUUAAAACUGUGAUAAUGCGUUGUAUUCCACAGGCCUAUAAAAUCAAAAACAUGCACCGUUGCAAUGCCGUUUGUUUGCUACAAAGAAACCACAAAUUGCGUUUCUAUCAUUUUGAGGUGUAACAUAUCAUUAACUGUUCUAGUUGGACGUCAACAAAAGAUCUCAAACGUGAUAAUGGGUCAUAGACUGUGAUAAGAACGCUUAAAAUGUAAUGCAGUAAAGUAGAAACAGCUGAAAUACUAAAUCAUCAUGUCAAUAAAACUGUUGUUUUUCAGCAGCAUAUUAUUAUUGGAGACUUUUAUAUCUUUGGCUUAUAAUGAAGACUGUGACGGACUAAGGAGAGAAGUUGAAUUCUUGAAAGAAGAAUUCUCAAAUCUGCGUCAAUAUACGUCUCAAAGAAUUAAAGAUUUGGAGAAUGAACUAGAGGCAGAGAGAAGCAAACGAUAUCUUGUAGAUGGUGAAUUAGACAUUGAAAGAGAAGUUACCAAGCUUAUCGGAGAUGUUAAUGGUAUAAAACAAGGCAUGGGCAGUUCAUAUGUCAGGUGGGGACGAACACAGUGUGGAGCAAAUGCUAGUAUGAUUUAUAAAGGAUACACAGGAGGGAAAUGGUACGGAGAUACUGGAGGUCCUGCUAAUUAUGUAUGUAUGCCAGAAGAUCCCCAAUGGGCAAAAUACCUGGACGGCUUUCAAGAUAUCGGGAACCGGAUGUAUGGCACAGAAUAUGAAGACAACUACGAGUCCACGUUCAAUCCAUUCAGUGUCCAUAGAGCUAAUGAGGACGCCCCAUGUGUCGUUUGCAAGUCACAAAGGGCGAUAACUGUGAUGAUACCUGCCAGAACAAGCUGUUACACUGGCUGGCAUCUGGAAUACACGGGCUACCUAAUGACUAUGAGUAGACACUAUCAUUCAUCCAGCGAGUAUAUUUGUGUUGAUAAAGAUCCAGAGGCUUUAGUGCAUGGUAGCCAGGAUGAAAAUGGCAACUUGUUGUAUCUUGUCGAAGCAGCAUGUGGGUCUCUUCCUUGCGGUCCAUAUGUAAAUGGAAGAGAACUGGCGUGUGCUGUAUGUAGCAAAUAAAACGUAACAAUUAAAGUACAAAAUAUU